AUGGAUGCAUCUGGCGACGACAUCACGGAGAAAGUACAGUCGCUGAGCGAUUUGGAGCUUGCUGUUCUCAUCUGCUUGGUCGCGGACCAACAUUGCAUCAUCGAGACCGAGGCAGAAAGUACGCGCAGUGUACAGGAUGAAUUGAGACUGAUCGCGUCAAACGCGUUUGGGCUUGCUUCAGCAGUCCUGGAAUGCGAUGAGAGUACUACCUUGGACGACUUUGGGAAGGGUAUAUUGAUUCAGCAAGAGGAGGAUGAAUAUUUCGACAGCAGAUCUGAAAGAGCAAGAGGCGAGUUUUCAUCUCUAUCAGUAACGCCAGGAAUUCAUGAUGUGCGGACAUCCAAGUCGCCCAUCCCGAUCAGCCCGCUGGAGAGUCAACGCAUCGCAAAUAUCGUCAUCGCAAGAAAUCUGAACCACACAAGCGAGCAAGUGCAAAUCCAAGCUUUAGAGCUUCUGCGAGGAAAACGUAACUUCACCCGAACAGCUGUACAUGCUGCUCCGAAGCCGUUCCUGUUUAUUGCCUUGAAUGCCUCUGGAAGUUCACGACUGACAAUGCACUUGAAUGACCAGUUUUUCAUCUCGCACAAGCACCAGGUUGAAGACGGGCUACCGAAUCUUGAAGAGCUGCAGGAGAAGCAAGGCGUUUCUCACGACGGUGCCUCGACAUCUUCGGUGGUGCGCACGCCUCUGUUUUUGCCAGGAAAGUACAAGGCUCAGACUGCCUUGUUUACGCCAGAGGAUGUCGCACAUCUGACGAAGCUGACAUUGGAAGUCAAGAUCAGCUCGGAGGUUCGGGCUUACCUAUAUAACCUUGUCGUUUUCAUGAGACUGCAUCGAGCAGUUGCAGGAGGAGUCUCGGCAUUGGCUACGAGACACUUCAACACAUUGGCACAUACGCUCGCCCCACUCCAUGGCCUUGACUACAUCUCACCGUCCAUGGUCGCCUUGGCCGCUCGCAAGAUCUAUCCGCAUCGCAUUGUCAUCACGGCGCCAGAGAACGAGCGCAGCAUGCAGUGGGGAAGCUCAUUGGAAGCUGUCAAGGCCGUCCUCGAAGGUGUCACGGUCGAAGACGUCAUCGAGGAGGUGCUCGAGUCAGUGGAGGUUCCGCUAUAG